AUCCAAAACAAGAGGUUCCCUUUUUUUCUUGAAAGGCCAUGUUACUUGCAAAACCAAGAAACCUUUCUAAAUGGUAAAAGACAAAGCAAUCCAAACUCUGUUCUAAACAACUUUGUGCAUGGAUUCUCUUUAUCUUCAGCACUCAUUAUUUCCUCAUAAUUUUUGUAUGAUCAGGGUUAAGCAAGCGCAUAAUGGUACUAGAAUUGGAGUUUACAGGAACAUGGCCACUAGUUUCAGUUGUUGUGCAGUUGGAGUGUCUGAAAACAGUCCUCUCAAAGGCACUGAAAAUGGCUCAGUUUUCGACGACUCAGCUGGUUCUGUAACAACUUUUGGGACAUUACUGGAUGCUGAGAUCACCCCGGAAACCAUUGAUUUUUUUGUUAGUGAUGCUCAUGGUGAUCCUGAUUGUCCUUCUCAAGGCUUCUCUUCUGUUGAACAGGCUCUUUCUUCGUUGCGUCAGGGAAAGUUUGUGAUAGUUGUGCGCGAUGAAAAUGAGGAAGCUGAAGGAAGCCUUGUGAUGGCAGCAUCCCAAGCAAGUCCAAAAAAUGUGGCUUUUAUGGUUAAACAUGGUUCAGGAAUUGUAUCGGUUGGAAUGAAAGGCGAGGAUUUAGAGCGACUAAACAUCCCUCUAAUGUCACCUGAAAAUGAAGAUGAUGUUUCUGCUCCCUUCUUCACAGUCUCAGUGGAUGCAAAAUAUGGCACGUCAAGUGGAGUAUCUGCUUCAGACAGAGCAAAAACAAUUUUAAGAAUCUCAUCUCCUGAUUCGAGAGCUGAGGAUUUUAGAAGGCCGGGUCUCGUGUUUCCUCUUAAAUACAGAAAUGGUGGGGUUCUUACAAGAGCUGGUCACACUGAGGCCUCAGUAGAUCUAGUCAUGCUGGCUGGGCUGCAUUCAGUUUCUGUACUUUCAGAUAUUGUUGAUGCCGAGGAUGGAUCUGUGUCUUCUUUGACAAAUUUACGGAAGUUAGCAUCAGAGCACAGCAUACCAAUUGUCACAAUCAGUGAUUUAAUCAGGUAUAGAAGAAAGAGGGAAAAACUAGUUGAAAGAACUUCUGUUUCAAGUUUGCCAACUAAAUGGGGUUUAUUUGAAGCAUACGCCUAUCGUUCAAAGCUAGAUGGGAUAGAACAUAUCGUUCUUGUGAAGGGGAACAUUGACAAUGGACAAGACGUUCUCGUCAGAGUUCACUCAGAAUGCUUGACCGGUGAUAUAUUUGGUUCGGCUAGGUGUGAUUGUGGAAACCAGUUAGACUUGGCAAUGCAAAUUAUAGAGCAGGCAGGGAGAGGAGUUGUUGUCUAUCUACGAGGGCAUGAAGGGCGAGGAAUUGGCCUUGGUCACAAACUUGAGGCAUACAAUUUGCAAGAUCAAGGUCAUGAUACUGUUGAGGCUAAUCUAGAGCUUGGAUUUGCAGCUGAUGCGCGUGACUAUGGAAUUGGGGCUCAGAUGCUAAGGGAUAUAGGUGUUCAUACCAUGCGCCUAAUGACUAACAAUCCAGCAAAGUUUACUGGUCUGAAAGGCUAUGGUUUGGCGGCUGUUGGGCGUGUUCCAGUCAUGACACCUAUUACAGAAGAAAACAAGAGGUAUUUGGAAACAAAGCGAACAAAGAUGGGGCAUAUAUAUGGAUCUGAUAUCCAAGGACCACUAAUAAGUCGAGAUAAAAAUGAUAUAAAGGGAUGACCAAAUGCUGAAUGAUACUUGGUGAGGAAAGUUAGAUGUUCCUUGUUCUCCAUGAACAGCUUCAAGUCAUGUGCUUGUUUGUCAUAUUUUUUCAUUGUUUAAAAUUUUUACAAAAUUGCAGGUACAGAAAGCAAUUGUCUGAAGAACUUACUGUACAUAGAAAACCUUCAAUUUGACAUGUAUACAUACAAAAAGGGGUUUCCUUUUC